AUGCCGAAUAGUAAAAUCGUUAAUCCUGCUCGUCCUGUUGAUCCCCCUCAACCAACCACCAUUUCAAUCACUUCACCUUCUCCUUCACCAUCAAUCAAUCCUAAAUCAAAUGAAUCUCUGACUAAUACUAAAUUACCUACUUUAUCGGGUAUAUCAAAUAUCAAUAAUCCAACUUUAUCAUCCUUAUCUAAUAGAAAACACCGACCUAAGUCACUUAAUUUAUCUCAAACUGAUUCAAACUCAGAUGUCGCUUUAAGAAUCGUAAGUCCUGGUUUACCUCCAUUAAAUCAUGAAAUGAAAUCAACUAUGAUUAAAUCUCAAAAAAUUGAAUUACAACAACGUCAUUUAAUCGCUUCUAUUAAUAGUAGUACCACCAUAAGUUCAUCACCAUUGUCUGGAUCUGGAGGUGAAGAAAGAUCUUCACCUGUAGUGAUUUCAACUUCAACUACCUCAGCUACUCCAACUGCACCACCAUCAACCAAUACAAGUAAUGCUACUGCUGCUAAAACAACAAAUGAUACUGCAAAUGGAUCUAACUCUGCUACAGUGGCGUUCAAUUCUACCAAGAGGAACUUAACUCAAAUGGCUGAUGAAUUAGAUUUGAAAUUAAAUGCUAAAAAUUCAAAUGAAAGUAAUGGUGGUCGUUUAAAGAGAUCUAAAGUUCCUACUCCAUUAAAUUUAAAUUCAUCCCUUAAUUCAAAUCAUAAUCUUGCUCCAAUUAUUCAUUCCGCACCUAUUAGACCUCAUAAUCAUCCCUACAAUCAGCAACCUGUAAGACAAUCUAUCCCUAGUCAAGCCCAACUCCAACAACAACGUCAGCAACAACAUCAACAGCAGAGAGCUACUUCGUUUGCUCGUCAAAGAUCUAUCAUAUCACAACAUCAAGAUCGUAAUUUAGCAGUAAGAAGAUUGCCACCUACAAUACAACGCGUUCAAUAUGUUCCUAUGCCAAAUACUCAAGUCACUUAUCUGAAUUUCGUCCCCCAACAUAUACCAACUGGAUAUUAUCCUGCUCCAUCACCAUAUGUAGGAAGCAAUGGUAUUUAUCCGCAACCUCGCAGAUAUGAUGUACCUUAUACUUCUGUUGGUUCUCAUUUUCCAAGAGUAGGGAGAUACUUCCAAACUCCCACUGCAAGAUACCCAUAUCAUCCUUACGGUGAACAUGAGGUUGUUGAUGUGGAUGAAGUUGAUAAUGAAAGUGAAGAAGAUGAUGAAGAUGAUGAUGAUGACGAGGAUGACGAGGAUGAUGAUGAUGAUGAAGGUAAAGUAUCUAAAUCAGUAUCUGUCACAGAUGUAUAUCGUGAUGAAGUAUCUGUUGCAGCUCCUUUAGCUUCGCAACCUUUAUCAGCCCAACGUGAACAUUUUAAUCGUGAAGAAAUUGAAAAGGGACAUCCUCAUCAAGAAGGAUCAGGAGAUGAAAAUCAUGCGGAUGAAGGUGAUUUAAAUGAUGAUGAAGAUGCUAAUGGUGAUGAUGAAAUUGAACGUAAGAAAUCUGAACAACAACAUCAAUAUUACUAUUAUCAACAACGUCAACAUUUAGGAAAUAAUAAAAGUAAGAAAUCAACCACUAGCUCAAGACUUAAUCAUUCAUCAAGUAUUAAUAAUCAAAUUGAAGCUAUUAAGAAUGGUGAGAUUUUUGGUUCGAUAAAUUUAAUGAAUGAAAGUGUAUUUAAUUUCAGAAUCUUUAAGAAUUCACCUAAUAGUACUACUGCUUCUGAUCAACCAACUCCUGCUGUACCACGUUCUAAUAUAAGUAGUUCAACUGAUCCAAUCCCAUCACCUGAAUCACAAUGGAUUUCUAAAGAAAAAGCUAAAUUCCUUAAGAUUUGUGAAACCAGUUGGGAUAAAUUCGUGGCUUCAAAAUUCCCAGCUGCAUUUGUUAAACCUGGUUCAAGUUCAACCUCGAAAUCAACUAUAACAACAAAUUCCACAGUUCAACCAACAACUGGUGCUACUUCAUCUACUACGAUUCCAGUCCCAGCUAUUACAAAAUCAGAUAAUACCCCAUCAUCAGCUUAA